CAACAACAGACUUAAUCAGACUUCACAGUGGUAAAAAAAUACAUGAAAGACUGGAAGUGAUCACUCAAAGACAUUUGACUUGAAAAAUUUAUCACUAUUUUACCAGGUAAAAGAGUUCUCACCUUCUUGGGAAGGUGAGAGGGAGUGGCUUCUCUAUUACCUGACCUAGCUUAUGAAAAUCUUGAUUUUAGAGCCCCAUUUUUGGGUAGAAAGAGUCAGCAAAAUCAGCAUCAACACCUAUACCAUUAAUGCUGAGCAUUAAAAAAAAAAUGUGAACUUUGAAGAUUGAGACAAAAGAAAAAGAGUGAGAGACAAAAACCCGCUCGAAGAAGAAGAUGUUCUCUGUUGAAUCUUGAUUGUUUGCGAAGACCCUUUUGAUGGGCUGAGUGUUUAUAAUCCCUCAAUCUAGAUUUGCUUAUGUUUUUCCACUGAUUCUAAUAAUGAGACCUAAUAUUCCAAUCCCAUUUUGUGUCGGACGAUUGCAUUGAUGAUUAUUGCCCGAUAUAAACCGUCACAUAGUUAGAAAAAAAGUAACCAAUGGGUGGGCUUUGCUCGAGAAGGUCCACUGACGACUCUGCAUUGUCUGAUGCACUUUCACAUGUCAAUGGCCGAUUGAGCUACGGCUCUGGAAUUAUUUUUCAGUCUCGUGUAUUGAACAAGAAAGAAGAUAAUAAUAAUACACCUGCUGACGUGGAAAUCAGUGAUAGGGAAUCAAGAGAGCCAUUCUCCUUCCCUGUGAACUUUGACGACUUUAAUGAUGGUAUACCUCGUCUGUCGAGGGCAUUAUCCGAUAAAUCUCGAUCGGCGAGAUCGAAGCAAGCCGCAAUUGCUAAGGUCUCAGAGGUGAGUUCGAUUUUGGGCCGAGCAGGCACAGUUGGCCUCGGCAAAGCAGUUGAUGUGCUGGACACACUUGGUAGUAGCAUGACUAAUUUGAACCUUAGCGGUGGUUUUGCAUCCGGGAUAACUACUAAGGGUAUCGCAAUCUCGAUUCUGGCAUUUGAGGUGGCAAACACGAUCGUCAAGGGAAGUAAUCUGAUGAACUCCCUUUCAAGCGAAAAUAUUCGGCAUCUAAAAGAGGUUGUGCUCCCUUCUGAAGGCGUACAACGAUUGAUAUCGAGGGACAUGGAUGAACUCCUAAGAAUUGCUGCAUUUGACAAGAGGGAUGAGUUGAAAGUCUUUUCUGGUGAAGUCAUUCGUUUUGGGAAUCGCUGUAAGGAUCCCCAGUGGCACUACUUGGACCGUUAUUUCGAGAAAAUUGAAAUGGAGCUCACGCCUCUCAAACAGUUGAAAGAAGCAGCAGAAGCUGAUAUGCAUCAGUUGAUGACGUUGGUUCAGUACACGGCUGAGUUGUACCAUGAAAUGCAUGCACUGGACAGAUUUGAACAGGAUUGUAGGCGCAAGGCUCAAGAAGAAGAGAACUCGAGUUCUGCACAGAGAGGAGACAGCCUCGCAAUUUUACGUGCAGAGCUGAAAAGCCAAAAGAAACAUGUAAAGAGUUUGAAGAAAAAGUCAUUGUGGUCAAAGGUUUUGGAGGAGAACAAAGGGAUACUUGUUAAGAAAAUACAAACCUUUGUCACAGCACCGUUAAGAGUUCUGGUGAUGGAGAAGCUUGUGGACAUAGUUCAUUUCCUGCAUUUGGAGAUCCAUUCGGCAUUCGGUAAUAGUGAUGGAAAAACUCCAGUAAAAAACCACCACCAGAGAUUAGGAUCUGCCGGACUUUCGUUGCACUAUGCAAAUAUCAUCAACCAGAUCGAUACGCUCGUGACGAGAUCUAAUUCGGUGCCACCGAGCACUAGAGAUGCUCUGUAUCAAGGACUGCCGCCGAAUAUAAAAUCUGCUUUGCGCUCCAAAUUACAAUAUUUUCAGCUCACGAAAGAGUUAACGGUCCCACAAAUCAAAGCAGAAAUGGAGAAAACACUGCAAUGGCUGGUCCCAAUGGCCACUAACACAACCAAGUAAAGUUGCUUUCUCUGUUAAACUCGAUUGCAUUUAAUGAAAUUAAGAUUUCUCUUGGUCCCUUUUUUCAUGAAAAGUCCUUGUUCUUGUUGAGUUUAAUGAAGGCUGAGUUGCACAAUAUGCCGGGAACUCAAUUUGUUUAUAUUAUAUCAUAUUUCGUGUCCCCUUAUUGUCUUUUUCCAUUAUUUCUUUGUGAAAACUACAAAAGAUUGAAAAAGAAAAGACAGAAAGACCCCAACCCGUUGACCCAGUAAGUGUUACAAUACAAACAAAUACUCAAAAGGGUCCUCAGAAAAAAAGAAGCUAACAAGUGGCGUUUAUUAUUGUGAGUUACAUAUAUGGGUUGGACUUUCUAUACUAAGACUACUAAACUUCAAAAGGUGACAUUUUUAAAUAAUUCUUUACUUCUUAUACGAGCUCCCGAUGUCUUUUAGAGCAAAUUGCUCUGUAUUUGGUGCACCUUUUUGACUAUGUGGCAUAAAAUAAUGUUAUAAACAGGCUCCACCACGGCUUUGGAUGGGUCGGAGAAUGGGCAAACACCGGAUCCGAUAUGAGCCGCCAGCCAGCUGGCCACACGGACCUCCUCCGAAUCGAGACCCUCCACCACGCGGACAGGGAGAAAACCGAGGCCCACAUACUCGACCUCGUGGUAUGGCUCCACCACCUCAUAGCCCAAUCACGGGCCUCCACCGGGCCCGGGCCCAAAUCCCCCAUCCGCUCCCCCAACCAGAAGGCCCUCCUCCAGCUGUCGCCCCAAAAGCCUGUUUCGCCCUCAACGGGCCUUUCGGUCGAAGACCAACUAAUGCUCCAUGCCGUUAGCAAACGUAAGCUAACGCCCGGCAUUAGCAAAAGCCAAGAAUUCGAUACUUCAAAAACGAGGCUUCUGUGCAAAAACCACCGGCUGAGCAGAAGCAGCAAUCACUCCCCGACUCGCGAGAAUUGGGACCCGUUUUCGGUCAGGAGGCCGUUUUCUGUCCCAGUCAUCGAUUUCGAAAUCGACCGAAUCAAGGCUUUGGAUGUCAUUGACAGGGUCGAUAUGAUCUGAGGGGCAAAAUGGUAAAAAAGACGGAUCUUUACCGGGUUCGGUUCGGAUUUUCGGGUUCUUUGUAUAGAGUGACAGUAAAUUUGUUUUUGUUGGCUGUCUGUGUUGUUUUGUAUUUGCAUAAUGUGAGGUUUGUAGCUUGUCGUAAAUGGGAAGUUGUUGUGUUUUUAGUUUUUAGUUUUUAAUGCGUUCUUUGAGUUUCAGCUGAUGUAUUGCUUUCAGGUGGUAGAGUUAAAAUUUGGAAUUUUACCCAUUUUUUUUUUUUUUCUUUUCCCAA